UGUCCUUUAUUGGAGAGCCAGCUGGCGACUGCCUCAGUCUCCCAACCUGGGGUUUCUGAGAGUAGCCCCAAGUUGUCUGUGGUUCUGGUUUUUAUAGGGCAAAAUUUUUCUGGGGGGCAAGCAAGCAUUAUUACAAAAGUAAAAAUAGCAGUUCGUUUAAUAUUUUACACAAUACUAUGAUCACAAGAGUGAUUAGUGAUUUUUUUUUCUUCCUUACAGAACAAGUAAAAACCACAAUGUCCUAAGGGGAAAUGCAGGAAAGGAACUUAUAGGUAAGGAUCAUAAAGAGCAUGAUCAUAAAAAGCUAUAAUCACAAGGGCUACAUGGUCAGUAACUUACAUUACUAACAAUUUUAGCUAACGGCAUUUACUGACAGUGAGAGGGCAAACAAGAGGAAAUAGUUUUGAAGGUAAAAAAGGAAUAAAUAGUUAAAUGGAGUCAAGCUUGUUCUGUUAACAUUUCAAUAUUAUGAACAGCACCAGAUCCAAGAUGGUGGCCAGCAGGAGGCUGAUGAAGGAGCUUGAAGAAAUCCGCAAAUGUGGAAUGAAAAACUUCCGUAACAUCCAGGCUGAUGAAGCUAAUUUAUUGACUUGGCAAGGGCUUAUUGUUCCUGACAACCCUCCAUAUGAUAAGGGGGCCUUCAGAAUCGAAAUCAACUUUCCAGCAGAGUACCCAUUCAAGCCACCCAAGAUCACAUGUAAAACAAAGAUCUAUCACCCGAACAUCGAUGAAAAGGGGCAGGUCUGUCUGCCAGUAAUUAGUGCUGAAAACUGGAAGCCAGCAACCAACACCGACCAAGUAAUCCAGUCCCCCGUAGCACUGGUGAACGACCCUCAGCCUGAGCACCCCCUACAGGCUGACCUAGCUGAAGAAUACUCUAAGGCCCGUAAAAAAUUCCUUAAGAAUGCUGAAGAGUUUACAAAGAAAUAUGGGGAAAAGCGACCUGUGGACUAAAAUCUGCCACGAUUGAUUCCAGCAAGUGUGAGCAGAGACCCUGAGCGGUGCAUUCAGACACCCGGCAAAGCAGGACUCUGGAAAAUUGACACGUGCCACCGCCUGGCGUUCACUUGUGGCAAUUACUAUCUUUCUACAGUUUUCUUAAUCAAAAGUGGUCUAGGUAACCUGUAAAGAAAGGAUUAAAAAUUUAAGACGUUGUUAAAAAAAUAAAACAUUUCAAUAUUAUAUACAGAUAGUAUGAAGACCACCUUAACGUCACUAGGGUUAUUGUCACAAGGGUAGUUAGUGACUUUGUACAUAAUACUAGUAGUUCUAACAGUUCUAACCAGGUACACUUAAAAUACUGUGCAAUGGGUGGGAAGGCAAGUGGAACUUUUUUUUUUUUUUUUAAGUAAUAAAAUGUAACAGAACAACAGAAUGGAAUCAGGCCUGCUUUGGUUCUUACCUAUUCUCAGGAAUGGGAAUUACAACAAAAUGGAGUUAGGCUUGCUUCUCUUUCACCUGAACCUUUGCGUGCAUGCCAAGUUUUAUCUUUCUAAAGACAUCAGUUACAGUCUUUUUUAAUUUUAAAAUUUUUUCAUUUUUUUAAAAUCAUAGUGGGUUUUUUUGUGUGUUUUGUUUUGAGACAGAGUCUCAAGAUGUCACCCUAGGUAGAGUGUUGUGGUGUCAUAGCUCACAGCACCCUCCAAGUCUUGGGCUCAAGCAAUCCUCUUGCCUCAGUUUUUUUUUUUUCUUUCUAUUUUUUAUAGAAAUGGGGGUCUCACUUUUGUUCAGGCUGGUCUCGAACUCAUGAGCUCAAGCAAUCUACCCAACUCGGCCUCUCAGAGUGCUAGGAUUACAGGCAUGAACCACACAGCACUUAGCCCUAAAUUAUAGCUUUUAAAAAGAUUUUUAGGCUAUACACAGUGGCUCCCGCCUGUAACCCAGCACUUUGGGUGGCCAAGGUGGGAGGACCACUUGAGGCCAAGAAUUUGAGAUAAGCCUGGGCAACAGAGCAAGACUUCAUCUCUAAAAAAAUUAAAAAAUUAGGUGGCCCCUGUGGCUCAGUGAGUAGGGCGCCGGCCCCAUAUACAGGGGCUUCAGACCCAGCCCCGGCUGAACUGCAACCAAAAAAUAGCCGGCCAUUGUGGCAGGCGCCUGUAGUCCCAGCUGCUCAGGAGGCUGAAGCAGGAGAAUUGCAGAAGCCCAAGAGCUAGAGGUUGCUGUGAGUCCUGUGACGUCAUGGCACUCUACUGAGGGCGGUAAAGUGAGACUCUGUCUCUACAAAAAAAAAUUAAAAAAUUAGCUGAGUGUAGUAGUGAGCCGCCUGUAUUCCCAGCUACUCAGGAGGCUGAGGUAGGGGAGGAUUGUUUGAGCCCAGGAACGUGACGUUACAGUGAGCUAUGAUCAGCCCACUGCACUCCAGCCUGGGGUGACAAAGUGAGACCUUGUCUCUAAAAAAUAAAAAAUCUAGCUGAGCAUUAUGGUAGGUGCUGUAGCCCCAGGUGGGUGAGGCAAGAGGAUUGCUUGAACCCAAGAGUCUGAGGUUGCUGUGAGCUAUGAUGAUGCCACAGCACUCUACAGAGUAAGAGUGUCUCCCAAUAAAUAAACUUAAUUAAUUAAUUAAAAUUUAAUUUAAAAAUGUUUUUCAAAGAGGUUUUCCUUAAAUAUGUGGUAUUCUUAAGGUGUUUGCCUUCAACAGGAGGUCUCGCCUCACCCUUGGUCCUCUUUGUCAUGCAGCCCAUAGGGCAGACAUCAGCCCAGUGUAGGGGCUGAUGAAUAAAUGCCACCCUAUGACCACUCUUGUGGGUAAAGGGCUGAGAAAUUCUCUUCCCCUGGAGAGGGGUGGCUGCCCUGGGUACCCUUGGCAGACACAGUGAGGGAGAAGAGGACAGGUUUUUAGUUCAGGGAAGGACUCCAAGUCAUUGACAGCUGGCUGGCAACCCUCCUAUUUCCCUCUGCAGAGGCACAAAGUCAAGAGUGAGAAAAAGCCAACCACAGAGGCAAGUGAAGCCUCCCCUGGAAGGGUCUGGGGCUGACUGCUGUCGGAGCUUCAGGAGGUCCAGGGACAUGGCAGGAAUUCCCAGGGACAGCGGCAGACCCCUCCAGCAAACUCACAAAGCCACCACAGCUUCACUGAGAAGGAAAGGAUUUCCAGGAAAGACAAAGGAACCCGAAGGUGAGAACAGGAGGAGGGCUGGGGUGUUCUGAGGCCUUUCUGCUCAUAGUCUGUUCCUGCUGUAGGCCAUGCCCCCCAGGGCACCUGGAGGACUAAAGGAAGCUGUCCCUAAGGAGGAAGCUGACAUCUUGUCUCAGGAGGAAGCACAGAGGAGGUCCCCAGUGGAGGAAGCAGCUAGCCCUAUUCCUGCUGAGGAAGAGGUGGCAGGCACCCCAGGCUGGCAGGUAAGGUUACUCUGGAGCCUCGACUUUCCAGUCAAGGAGAAGCUAUGGACCACUGCAUGGUGGGGAGGCAGUGGGGACAGCUUCCAAGUCCAAGUCUACCAGGCUCCUGCCUGACCUUGCCCAGCUUCUUGUGGAGCUGAGUCUCUGUUUCCCCACCCGUUCAACAUGGAACCUGCCUCAUACCACUGCUGUACCCCUCUUCUUACUUCCAGAAAAAUUAAAAGGUCCAAAAGGAAGUUGUUGCAUAUUAAACUGGUAAGACUCUUGGCCCAGCCUUACUGCCCCAGGAAUACUUCCCUUCCUCCUACCCCCAGUGACUGCUAGAGUCACAGAGUCCAGCCCCAUCAGACAUUCCUGACCUGGAGAGAGGAAGCCCAGGUAGCCAGAUGCCUUGACACUCCUGUGAGCUUCCCGGGGUUGGCAGGAACCGUGGGUCACCCCUCAGCUGCCUGUACACCUACCCUGUUAUCACAGCUGACCCGGCCCCCAGGCAGCUCAGGUGGAGAGUUCAUCCCUGGCCCUGGGAGAAGUUUCCUCUCAGCAGGGACCCCAGAGGGCAUGCCUGUGUGUGGUUCCUAGAGGCCCCGAGAUGGACAGAAAGGAACAGAGGCCCAGAAGCUGGGUCCCCCUGCUCCUGAGGAAGCUGUGGUGGAGCUGGGUCCCUGCCUUGGACAACCCCGAGACUCAGAGAACGAGUGAGAAGCACCCAGUCAAUCUGUGAGCUGCUGCUUCUGCAGGCCCGGCUGCCUCCUUCGAGGGUCUGUCUCCUCAGACAGCCUAGCCUGGGCCAUCCACAUGUCCUGUCCCACAGCUUCAGGGACUCCACUCUGGCCUUGGCCAUCCACACGCCCUGUCCCACAGCUUCAGGGACUCCACUCUGGCCUGGCCAUCCACACGCCCUGUCCCACAGCUUCAGGGACUCCACUCUGGCCUGGGCCAUCCACACGCCCUGUCCCACAGCUUCAGGGACUCCACUCUGGCCUGGGCCAUCCACACGCCCUGUCCCACAGCUUCAGGGACUCCACUCUGGCCUGGGCCAUCCACACGCCCUGUCCCACAGUUUCAGGGACUCCACUCUGGCCUGGCCAUCCACACGCCCUGUCCCACAGCUUCAGGGACUCCACUCUGGCCUGGCCAUCCACACGCCCUGUCCCACAGCUUCAGGGACUCCACUCUGGCCUGGCCAUCCACACGCCCUGUCCCACAGCUUCAGGGACUCCACUCUGGCCUGGCCAGCUUUCUGACUCAGAGGCAGGAGACAAAGGUCCCUGUAGUGCUGAGAGCUGGGCAGGUCCCUGUCACAAGGGCAUUAACGAAAAGGUUGGUGUAAGGCCGGGCGCAGUGGCUCACACCUGUAAUCCUAGCACUCUGGGAGGCCAAGGCAGGUGGCUUGCCUGAGCUCAUGGGUUUGAGACCAGCCUGAACAAGAGCGAGACCCCUGUCUCAAAAAAUAAAUAGCCAGACUUUGUGGUGGGUGCCUGUAGUCCCAGCUACUCGGGAGGCUGAAGCAAGAGAAUGGCUUAAGCCCACGAGUUUGAGGUUGCUGUGAGCUGUGACACCAUGGCGCUACCAAGGGCAACAAGAUGAAACUCUGUUUCAAAAAAAAAAAAAAAAAGGUGGUGUGAACCUCUCAGGGAUGCCAUCCAGAGGUCCUCAGGCCAAAGAAGACUUUGGGAGGCUCCUGCUCUGAGUGUACUGUUUCUGUUCAAGGCUGUGUCCUAAAUGACCACCAGCAUGCAGGGAAGCAGAUGGUCAUUAGAGACCAUGGAUACCCUUGUAUCCCGUCCAGACCAGCCAUUGUGGAGGGUGGGCACAGAGGUAGAGGACAGCAGUCUCUGUUUUUUGAGGGGACGUGAGGCCUAUAAGGGUCAUUACUGCAGAAGUCAGAGAAGGAAGACAGGUCUCGGCGGCCACCUGGUGCAACUUUCCCACUGGCAGAAGGGGAACAGAGGCCCAGGUCAGGGAGGGAGGAGCCACGGUCACUCUCAAGGACCAGAGCCAGGGUCUCAUCCUCUCAGCUGGCCAUGCCAUCUCCUUCUCUGCCCACUCCAGUGCCACAUGGGCUGAAAGUAGGCCCCUGACCCUGGGCAGGCCUGCAGCCCAGACGCUCACUCCCUGGCCUGGCCAAGCCUGUGGCUCCUGGCUGGCACAGACCCUCUGAGGAUGGCACGCUGGCUUGGAGCCCGGACGGUGUCCUCCUUCGUCUCCUGUCUGGUUCUCAGUGGUGACUCCUCACUGGUCAGGGGCCUGGACACAGCAACCCUGAGGGCUAGGGGGAGGUGGUCAUUCUUUUCUUGGGUGACUGAGAGGCUCAGGGUGGGGGCUCCCUCCUGGCCUUGCUUCUGACACCUGAUGUUUGAGGCAUGGGUGGUCACCCUGGCACGUCCCUCCUGGCUUCUGGAUUUCUCUACCCUCUUAGGGGUGUUGAAUGUGAAAUGAGGAACUGUGGGUGGUGCUGGCAAGGCUGCUGGCCCAGGUGGGUGGGUGCAGUAGGGACUCAAGUGUGGUUCCCCAGG